AACUACAAAGACUUCCCUGCAUAUCCAGUCUUAGAGGGCUGUCCACUAGAUAAGAACGCAUGGGAAAAUGCCUCAGAAAAUUUAAACUGCAGCAAGCCUGAGGAUGGUUUAAAGAAUCGAUACCACUGUAUGCCAAACAGACAUAAAACCAUGCUUCUGGAGUUCUGUUACCCUAGAAAUCGAGUCAGAAUGAGUCCAGGGUUUUGUUUUGUUCUAUCUGACAAUGAUGGUGUGAUAACCAAUUAUGAGGAUACACGUUGUACCAAUUUCAUCAAUAAUAGCUGUCAAAUGUCAUAUGAUGAAGCUAAUGAAAUGUACAAAUAUCCUGCAUGUUUGAAGAUCAAUCCAAGCAAUAGCUGUUACACAAGUGACCCUGAAUGUCCUAGUGUUCCUGAUGAUGCAUUUGACAGUACGAGAGCCUCAGAAACAACAACUAUAGAUAUACUAGGAAAUAGCCAGACUACAAACUCCAGCACAGAAAAUCAAGGACAUCCAACUAAGGAAGACUUCACAACAGUCAUAAUUAUAGUGAUUGUAUUGAUUGUGGUUAUAGGAUGCAUUGUUGCUGCAGGGAUUAUUUACCAGUUUUGUUACAAAAAAAGCUCUGCUCUAACCUUUGGUUUUACAGGGAGUAGUCCUCAGAUGGGGGAAGUAGUGUUUUUCCAGGGAGAUGGACAUUUUUAUAAUAUCCCAAGAAAAAUGAUUGGAAACGUAGAAAUUCUUGAUUGUGGAUGUAGUAUAAAGCUGGUUUGCAUUGCUGAAACUACCUUGACCAAUCAGCUGACCUCUGUUGAAUGGAAAAAAGAUGGCACAGUCCUCCAAAUGGACGGUUCUAAAUAUUCUGGAGGAGAUGAGAGAGAGCCAAGCUUGGUUAUACACAAUGUCUCUGUAGAAGAUGCUGGGAAUUACCAAUGUGAAAUAGCGUACACCGAUGAAACAUCUAACAGUAAAGCAUUCGAAAUAGAUCUACCAGCAGUUGAAUUUAUUGGUAAAGAAGUCAGAGGAAGCAAUUUGGUUCUAAAAUGUAAGGUAUCUAAAUCAUGUGUCAAGUUAUCUAUACAUUGGAAAAGAGAUAAUAAACUACUUACUACCAAGGAUGAAAAAUUCUCUGAUGUGGAUACUGCCUGUUUAAUCAUUAAAAACUACAACAUCACAGACUCGGGGCUGUACCAGUGUACCCUUACAAAUGCUCUAGGCUGGUCUGCAGAUUGUCAGUAUAACUUAGAAACGGCAAACAUCUGCCUUGUGAAAACACCACCUAUGUUACCAUUAUGCAAGAAAUACAAAAAUAUAAAACUCAAAGCAAGAAUGCAAAGAAAAAAUGAAAAUAUUUCAAUGGAGUGUCUUACUGUUCAGUGGCAGAAAGUUAAAAAGGAAGGUGAAAAAGAAAUAGUUUCUACUAUACAUAUUGACAAUGCCAAGUAUACCCUUCAGUGUACACAAGUAGAUGAAAACACAAGAACAUAUGAGCUGCUCAUCCACCAACUAACGGAACUUGAUUCUGGAGUUUAUUGCUGUGUGUUACUGGAUAAUGCAUGUGGAAAAUUAAAGAGUGAAAAAUUACCAGUGUAUGUUGUAGAAGAUUUUUACAACAAAGAAGAGUGGAAAAAUGAUGACAGCAUUUAUGAGGAACCUGAAGAGGGAUUCUCAACAAAAAUAAUGACAUUGUUAGAUCAGACAGAUGUACAUGUAGUUAUCCUAGUUGGUCCACCAGGAGUUGGAAAAACAUUCACAGCAAGACACAUAGCAUUAAAAAUGGAGGGAAAGGGAUGGGAUAUAUACCAGAUUUUCAAUAUGGAGGAGCUGUUGAUUGAAGAUAAUUUUCCAACCUCUGAGCAAAAAUUACUUAUAUUUGAUCAUCCAUUUGGAAAAACUAGUGUGAACAUUUUUAAUCUGGUGUACUUUCUUUUGCACAAAAACAUUUUUCACCAAUUGAUAAGGAAAACAAAAGUUAUCAUGACAUGUAGAUCUGAUAUAUUUGAAGAAAUUAGAGCCUUUCACAUUGAUCAUUUAAAGAAUAUAAUUCGCAUGACCAAAACUUACCUGGGAAAAUCACCUAGAUUACUAAAAGAAAUUUUCCAUGUAGAUAAAGUUCAGUCUGGUCUAUCGGAAAAUGACGAGGCCAGUGAAAAUUAUUACUUACAGAGGCUAUGUAAUCAAAUUGGAAUCUACUUCAAUGACGGUCAAAAUCACAUGUAUGAUUUUUAUAUUUUGAUUUUGUUAGCACAACACAGGAAUUUAAUUUUGAAACAGUCAUUACUAUGUGCACAAGAAAAUGUAUCUCAAAUUCUUGAAAACAAUUUAUCAAAAGAAAAAUUUACCGAAGGGAUGAAAUCAGCAAUUAAAAAAUCUAAAUACUUAAGACGCAAAAGAAUGGGAGAUGUUACUGUGUGCUUUUGCAAACAUGAGUGCAUUAUAGAUGCAUGCAUCUGCCACAUGUUGAAAAAUGAUCCACAAUUAUUUCUUAAAUGUGCUGGAAAUGAGCUUAUCUGUAGUCAUGUUUGUCCAUUUAGUGCCAGUGCUGGUGAGUGUUGGAAACUACUUGACAAAGAACAAUAUCCAAUACUCGUCAAAAGUUUGCACGAAUAUUUAACAUCAGAUGACAUGUGUGCCAUGUCAGAUGUUAUCAGGUUACCUUAUUGGAUGCAUGAUGAGUUUAUUGAUGUUUUUACGAAUGUACUUUCACAGAAUGAAAUGACAGAAAUUUUGUAUGGAGAUAAAAGGUACCCAAUUUAUAUUGACAAUCAUCGUUUAGUUGAAAAUUCCAGCAAACCAAAUGAGCAGUGUGAUACUAUCUGGAAUGAGAUAGAAAUGUUACGUUUUGAACUUCUGUUUAGUGGACAGUGGGGUGAUGGUAUAGAAUCACAACCAAAUGGUUUUACAGUACUUUCUACAAAUUUUGUAUACUGGACUAUUUCUUAUGGCAGAUAUGAAGCUAUUGACAAAAUACUAAGACUUGCCUCAAACCAGAACCGUCUCACAGACGUAAAUCGUUGCAUUAUGCUUGCUUGCUUCAGAAGUGUGGACAUUGUUGAAAAUGUCCUACAACAUCUUAAAAUGACAACAUUGACAGAUGUACGCUACUCAAAAUUAAAAACAUUGUUCUUCGAUGAUCAAGCCACUAUUUUGCCAUUGCAUGUUGCUAUUGCUAGGGAAAAUUUAGAUUUAGUCAAUGAUCUAUUAGGAAAACAAGUCCUCAUAAAUGAUGUUGACCAUAAGAAAAGAUCGGCUCUACUGGUAGCUAUGGAGAAAAAUCAUAAAGAUAUCACUAAAACGUUACUGAAAAUUGAGGGAGUUGAUGUCAAUGCGCAUGACAUUGAAAGCAGGUACCCUUUACAUUUGGCUGCAAUGAAAGGGAAUGAAGACUUCGUUAAAACACUUUUAGACAAAAAAGCCAAGGUUGAUUGCGUUGAUGGAAAUGAUGUUACUCCUUUGAACACAGCCUCUACAUCUGGAUUUAAAGAUAUAACAGAGUUGCUUUUAAAAGGAGGUGCAAAAUUAAAUAAAUUUGAUAACAAAGAAAAAUCUCCUUUGAUUAAUGCUUUAGAAAAUGAACACAUUGAUGUGGUUGGACUACUGAUGCAAAAAUUAAACACAAAAUCCAUGGAUUUAAACCACAGAGAUGUUGAUGGAAAAACGCCUUUAUUUGUGGCUGUGGACAAGUGUUAUAUUGAGACAACAAAAAGACUUGUGAAACUAGGAGCAGAUGUUAAUAUUUAUGAUAAGUUUGAGAGAACACCCUUGUAUUUGGCAGCAGAUAACAAUUCAUUUGAACUUGUCAAAUAUUUGAUCAAGAAAGGAAGCCAGUCUUUGGUAAAUAAAGGUGACUCAAACCAUAAAACACCUUUGCAUUUGGCUGUAGAAAAGAGUAAUUUGGAAAUGGUUGAACAUUUGGUGAAAUAUGGUGCAAAUGUGAAUUCCUGUGAUAAUGACAAUAAGACACCUUUACUUAUGGCUGUUGAGAAGUUUCAAAACAGUGAAAUACUUGAGUUUUUACUGAAAAAUGGUGCCAGAGCCGACAUUGAUGGUAAUCCAGGAAUUCAAUCUCCUUUAUUUUUAGCAAUAACAAUGAAAAAUACAGAAGUCUUUGAUAUUUUAGUAAAAAACAAAGCUGACCUGAACAAGUUAGAUAAUGAACAAAGAAGUGUUUUAUGCUACGCUGUAGAGAGGAAGGAGGAAAAAAUUGUCAGAAUAUUGCUCCACAAGAGAGUAGAGAUAAACACGGCUGACACUAACAAAAUGACACCAUUGCAUUACGCAGCUGAAAACAAUCUCUACGAUAUUUUGAAGCUUCUAGUCCUUGAGCAUGCUGAUGUAAAUGCAGCUGAUAAAAAUGGACGAACCCCUCUUCAUAUUGCAUCGGAAAAUGGACAACUCGACAUAGUUGAACAUUUAGUUCGAAAUGGAGCAAAUGUUAAUAAAACGGACUUUGAAGGUGACGAUCCCUGUGAAUAUGCCUUUAAGAAUCAAAGAAAAGAGAUAAUCAUGUAUCUGGCAAAAUAUGGAGCACGUUUAAAAACUGAACAAAAUUACACUAGGCAAAAUUGCUAAGACCCCGCUCAAUAUUCUCAUUCGCAAUCAAAAAUCAUUGAUGAAUGAUUUGUCAUUUAUAUCGCUUAGUAGUCACACAGUUGUUUAGUAUACAUACACAGUCCACCACAUUUCCUGUUGCCCAAGUUUUUUUAAAACAAUCUUGCAACUGCCGUGUGAUCAUUCAUCAAAACCAACUUGCCAAUUUUAGAAAAUGAUGCAAGAAUGAAUGAAGUAUUUAGUGAACUUCAGCUAAUCAGAUAAAAAAAAAAAAUACGCAUAUGUAUUACAAAGACUGCUGGAACUUGUUCAGUAUGAAAAUACCUGAGGUAUAUAAAGUGUGCUUUUAUCCAAAUAAUAUUGAUGUAUUCAUUAUUUCAUCUUCUGAGACGGUAGUGCUAGUGUGUAUUAUGAUAAUAUAAAUUCGUCUCAGUUCUAUGGAAAUGAGACAUUUACUUAUGAAAUUUGCUCACUGCUAGUUCCAAGGUUUAUGAAUAGACGCUUGUAUCUGAGGAAAUAUGAUUUGUUUAAAGAGAUUUACAUGUUAGCACAAUGCUUAAUUACUACAAAGUGUUGAUCACAGUUGUAUUAAAAUUACCAGUAACUAACAUUGAUGCACUAUCAUACUUUAUAGUGCUGCAUUCUUAUUCUGAAAUACUGACUGUAGACUUGUUGUUUUUUAAGGUUGUUUACUAAUUGACAUGCGAGAGGUUAUCAAAAAGUUCAUGAACUAGCGCCAUAAACUAAAAACCGCUUUAGGUACAUCAAUGCAUUUUAACACAAUUAGUUAGCAUCAUCUUUUCUAUCUAUAUAAUAAACCAUGAUUUAUAAGUUUUAUUUUUCAAUAAAUUGUGAAUGCUUUUGUGAAAAAUGGUAUGUCUAGGCGGCGCAACUUCCAAAAUGACGUUUUUUUCCCACCUGAGUGUAAUUGAGAAAAAACUCUUUUGUUAUGAGAAUUGUCAUUCAAAAAUCCCGUGAAUUCAUUUAUGUGGUAUGACACGAUUGUUCCGUAAUUUUUGCAAUUUUUACCUCAUUCUGUAAGUUCUAUGAAAUUUAAUCGUAAAUUUUAAAUGAAGUGUCCAAACGAAGGCUUGAAAAUGACGUCAAAAAGGGGGAGGGGUUUCUUUCUCCAACAUUAUAUAAAGUUUCGCCCCAGGAAAAAACCGAAAUAGACCUAAGAAAUAUUAAAACGGGCUACAAAGAAAUAAAAUGCAUCCAGAGUACUUGUUUUUUAAAUGCUGAUAAGAAUUGAACGGAGAGACGAGAUGCACAGUUAAUGUCGACAUGUACUCAGGGUGUCAAAAGUCAGUCACAUAGAAAAGAAACGUUGAUCAUUGAACUCUGACAAGCAAAUUAUGCUGGCUUUAUCAAAUAAGGAUCUUUCCUUAUGUAUAGAUCCAUUUACAAUAUUAUAUGCAUUGAAAACAGCUGUUCAUGCGAUUGUUAAGUCUUAUAAAAAAGACGGGGUUAAGUCCUUACUUAACUCCAGGAAAUCUCAUCAAAGUGUAUGAGGUAGAGAGAGCGGACAUUUAAAAUCGAUGAAGUCGGACGUCAUAAAACUAAACGGCGAAAGCGCCAGGUGAUCAUACAAUGUCUUUUUUAUUUGAUAAUAAUUUGGCAAAUUAUCAACGUAUCAAGCUAAAAUUUUCAACAUUUCUUAAAGUUUUGUUGAUUUAUGUUCUUUAUAAUUUGUGUAAUCACAGACAGUAUUAAUUUUAUCGCCUCAGUCCACGAACUUUCUGAUAACCCCUCGUAUAUAGUUAUCUUUGUGUUAAACAUAUUGGAUUUUGGAAUGUCCACGGUCUAAAUUUCAACAAAUUAGAUCACGAUUUUUUUAAUCACUUCAUUUUUAAUAUGAUGUUUUAAGUAUUUUGUUAUGUUAAAACAUGAACAAGGUGUCUCCAGGAAAUCUCCCACGACACGUAAAACCUUAUUCAUUGAGAUUGUAAGAAAAUGGCUUUCUGUUUGUUUAAAAAUUAAUAAAACAACUGGAUUACUAUUUGAUAA